AUGGGCUUCAAACUGAAGAAGCCGGAUGAUGCCGUCGGCUCGGCCGCUCCGGCCAUUAUUAUCGGCCUGUUUGUGGCAUUUGGAGGUGUUCUUUUUGGAUAUGAUACCGGUACCAUCAGUGGUAUUCUCGCCAUGGAAUACUGGCGAAAGAUGUUCUCGACUGGCUACGUCAACCCCAAAGAUCAUAUGCCCGACGUGACCUCCUCGCAAUCAUCCAUGAUUGUCUCCCUACUGUCGGCUGGUACCUUCUUCGGUGCCCUGUUUGCCGCUCCGAUGGCCGAUUACUUUGGUCGUCGACUGGCCAUGAUUCUCAACACCUUUGUUUUCUGCUUCGGUGUUAUCCUGCAGACUGCCGCUACAGCCAUUCCCUUGUUCGUGGCAGGGCGGUUCUUCGCUGGUCUGGGUGUUGGUCUGCUCUCUGCAACCAUCCCCCUCUACCAGUCUGAGACUGCCCCCAAAUGGAUUCGAGGAACUAUCGUCGGCGCCUAUCAGCUCGCAAUCACAAUUGGUCUCCUCUUGGCGGCCAUCGUCAACAACGCCACCAAGGACCGCAUGGACACCGGCUGCUAUCGCAUCCCCGUCGCCGUGCAGUUUGCCUGGGCUAUCAUUCUCGUGAUUGGUAUGAUCUUGUUGCCCGAGACCCCUCGCUUCCUGAUCAAGCAGGACAAGCACGAGGAAGCCACCAAGUCACUGGCACGUCUGCGUCGCGUCGACAUGAAUGACCCCGCCAUCGUCGCGGAGCUGGCCGAAAUCCAAGCCAACCAUGAAUUCGAGAUGCGCAUGGGCAAGGCCAGCUACCUUGAGAUUGUUCGAGGAUCGAUUGGAAGGCGCCUGGCUACUGGAUGUGCAGUCCAGGCUCUACAGCAGUUGGCUGGUGUCAACUUUAUUUUCUACUAUGGCACCACGUUCUUCCAGAACUCGGGUAUCCAGAACUCGUUCAUCAUCACGCUGAUCACCAAUAUCAUCAACGUCGUCUCGACUUUCCCGGGAUUGUACAUGGUCGAGAAAUGGGGCCGUCGCCCAUUGCUGAUGUUCGGCGCGGUUGGAAUGUGCGUGUCGCAGCUGAUUGUCGCCAUUGUGGGAACAGCCACUACCUCCACCGUCGCCAAUAAGGUGCUGAUCGCAUUCGUGUGCGUUUACAUUUUCUUCUUCGCCAGCUCGUGGGGCCCCGUGGCCUGGGUCGUGACCGGCGAGCUGUUCCCACUCAAGGCCCGCGCCAAAUGUCUCUCCAUCACCACCGCCACAAACUGGCUGCUGAACUGGGCCAUCGCCUAUGCCACGCCCUACAUGGUCAACGGCGGGCCCGGCAAUGCCAAUCUCCAGUCCAAGGUGUUCUUCAUCUGGGGUGGUUUCUGUUUUAUCUGUGCCAUUUUCGUCUACACGUGCAUCUACGAAACCAAGGGUCUUACCCUGGAGCAAGUCGACGAGCUCUACUCGAAGGUGUCUGUUGCCUGGAAGUCGCCGGGCUUUGUUCCCUCCGUUCACUACACUGAUGUCCGUGAUGUCGCUGACUUCAAGCCCGGCAAUCUGGCUCAGUUGGAGGUCGAGGCCGAGGAGAAGCGCAGUGGCGAGCAGGUGGCUCACUUUGAGAGCGUGGAUGCGAAGACUUCGGUUUAG